UGGCUGUGUGAACGCGGCGCUUUUACAGAUGGACCAGCGGAUUCAUCCUGAAUGAACAGCCCGGCUCUUCGUAGUCAGAUGGCCCCUCUGAUAGCAGUUAUGCACAUUAUUGCUUUAUUAUGGAUAAUGCCACCUAUCUGGGCUGUGGAAGAUGUGCUGAUGGACUCGAUGACAGCAACGGCAGAGCUGGGCUGGAUGAUAUAUCCAUCAGUAGGGUGGGAGGAGGUGAGUGGCUAUGAUGAGAACAUGAACACCAUCCGCACCUACCAGGUGUGCAACGUCUUUGAUGCUAAUCAAAACAACUGGGUGCGCACCAAGUACAUCCGGCGGCGAGGGGCCCAGCGCAUCCACGUUGAGAUCAAGUUCUCAGUGCGAGACUGCAGCAGCAUCCCUAAUGUACCUGGCUCCUGCAAGGAGACCUUCAACCUCUACUACUUCGAGUCGGACUCGGACACGGCCACUAAAGUUUACCCUCCGUGGAUGGAGAACCCCUGGAUCAAGGUGGACACCAUCGCAGCCGACGAGAGCUUCUCGCAGGUGGACCUGGGCGGCCGGGUGAUGAAGAUCAACACGGAGGUGCGCAGCUUCGGCCCUGUGUCUCGCAACGGCUUCUACCUGGCCUUUCAGGACUACGGAGCCUGCAUGUCGCUCAUCGCUGUGCGGGUAUUUUUCCGAAAGUGUCCCCGCAUUGUCCGGAAUGGAGCUGUCUUCCCAGAGACUUUGUCAGGAGCUGAGAGCACUUCAUUGGUGGCAGCUAGAGGGACCUGCAUACCCAACGGAGAGGAAGUUGAUGUGCCGAUCAAACUGUACUGCAAUGGAGACGGCGAGUGGUUGGUUCCUAUCGGGCGCUGCAUGUGCAAAGCUGGACACGAGGCAGCAGAGAAUGGCACCGUCUGCAAAGCAUGCUCCUCUGGGUUCUUCAAACCAUCCCAGGGAGAUCAGCCGUGCCAGCAGUGUCCUAUCAACAGCCGCACCACCAACGAGGGAGCUACCAACUGCGUCUGCCGCGUUGGCUACUACCGCACCGAUUCAGAUCCUGCACAGAUGCCCUGCACAACUGUCCCCUCUGCCCCUCAGAGAGUCGUGUCCAGUGUGAACGAGACAUCUUUGAGGCUCGAGUGGAUUCCUCCUCGUGACAACGGUGGUCGACAUGAUCUCGUCUACAACAUCAUCUGCAAAAGCUGUGGCUCGGGCAGAGGUGCCUGCACACGCUGUGGAGACAACGUGCAGUUUGUGCCGCGGCAGCUAGGCCUCACCGAGCCACGUGUGCACAUCAGCGAGCUGCUCGCCCACACACAGUACACCUUCGAGAUCCAGGCUGUGAACGGUGUCUCUGACCAGAGCCCCUACUCGCCUCAGUUUGCCUCGGUCAAUAUCACAACUAAUCAGGCUGCUCCAUCAAUGGUGUCCAUCAUGCAUCAGGUCAGCAGGACUAUUGAUAGCAUCACACUGUCAUGGUCUCAGCCAGACCAGCCCAACGGAGUCAUAUUAGACUACGAGCUGCAGUACUUUGAGAAGAACACAGCUGAGCUCAACUCUUCUACACUGAGAAGCCAGACGAAUACAGCUGUAGUUCGAGGCCUAAAGCCAGGCACCAUCUAUGUGUUCCAAGUGCGAGCUCGGACAGUGGCAGGGUUUGGACGCUUCAGUGGAAAGAUGUACUUCCAAACCAUGACUGAAGAGGAGUAUGAUUCCAGCCUGAAGGAGAAACUGCCUCUCAUCAUCGGUUCUGCUGCUGCAGGCGUUGUUUUUCUCAUCUCAGUCAUUGUGCUCGUCAUCGUCUGUAACCGGAGAGGCAGUGACAGGACAGAAUCCGAGUUCACAGACAAGCUCCAGCAUUAUACCAGUGGCCACUUGUCACCAGGUAUGAAGAUCUACAUCGAUCCUUUUACUUACGAGGAUCCCAAUGAGGCAGUGCGGGAGUUUGCUAAAGAAAUAGACAUGUCCUGUGUGAAGAUUGAACAAGUCAUUGGUGCAGGUGAGUUUGGGGAGGUGUGCAGUGGAAACCUGCGCCUGCCUGGGAAGAGAGAGAUCCUGGUAGCCAUUAAAACACUGAAGUCUGGCUACACUGAGAAGCAGAGGAGGGACUUCCUGAGUGAAGCCAGCAUCAUGGGUCAGUUUGAUCACCCCAACAUCAUCCACUUGGAGGGCGUGGUGACAAAAAGCUGCCCCGUUAUGAUCAUCACUGAGUUCAUGGAGAAUGGAUCGCUGGACUCCUUCCUUAGGCAAAACGACGGGCAGUUUACGGUGAUUCAGCUGGUCGGCAUGCUGCGUGGCAUUGCGGCUGGCAUGAAGUAUCUAUGUGAUAUGAACUAUGUGCACCGAGACCUGGCUGCCCGCAACAUCCUGGUCAACAGCAACCUGGUGUGCAAAGUGUCCGACUUUGGGCUUUCUCGCUUCUUAGAGGAAGACACAUCAGACCCUACCUACACCAGUGCCCUAGGAGGGAAGAUUCCCAUCCGAUGGACCGCACCGGAGGCCAUCCAGUACAGGAAGUUCACCUCCUCCAGUGACGUUUGGAGCUACGGCAUCGUCAUGUGGGAGGUCAUGUCCUAUGGAGAGAGACCAUACUGGGACAUGAGCAAUCAAGAUGUGAUUAAUGCCAUAGAGCAGGAUUACAGGUUACCUCCUCCUAUGGACUGCCCCAGUACAUUACAUCAGUUAAUGCUGGACUGCUGGCAGAAGGAUAGAAACAACCGGCCUAAAUUCAGCCAGAUCGUGAACACCCUGGACAAAAUGAUCCGCAACCCUAACAGCCUGAAAGCCACCACCCCACUUUCUUCAGGCGUGCACCUACCUCUGCUGGACCGCAGCACUCCAGACUUCUCCAGCUUCAAUAGCGUGGAUGAGUGGCUGGACGCUAUCAAGAUGGGCCAGUACAAGGAGAACUUUGCCAAUGAGGGCUUCAGCUCCUUCGAUGCCGUUUCCCAAAUGACUCUGGAUGACAUUCUAAGAGUGGGAGUCACUUUGGCUGGCCACCAGAAGAAGAUUCUCAACAGCGUACAAAUGAUGCGAGCUCAGAUGAACCAAAUCCAGUCAGUGGAGGUUUGACCCUCAUGCUUGGAGACUCUCAGACUGACUCCCUCCUCCACCAGCCCCCUUGGAUUCAGAGUUCAGCUGUAGUCCUUCCUGUAGAGAUGUCCCCAGCAGGGAAGAUCCUCAGGAGGGACUCCCACACAGCAAACACCCCCCAAAACCACCAGCACGCAGCAGACUGGAUGGAGUCGGACAGUCAUGUCUGGAGGCCCGCUCGUGUACUGUAUUAUUACAAUCAUGAUGAUUUUUAAUCGUAACAUGAAAGAGAGUAACAGUUUAAGGAUUCAAAGGGAGAUGCUGAUCAUCACCAGUGUCUAGUUCUGUUAGCCUUAUAAGACCCUUUAAAAGGGAAAUAAGUAAAAUCCAAUUAGUCAUCUAUAUCGGUACUAGUCUCAUGAUAAAACCUUUGAGACAGAGAAAGUAUAUAGCUUAGAGUGGCACAGUAAAGAGAGGAAAGAAAGGUGAAAAUGGACCAUGGACUAAUGGCACAAAAAUGAGCCUUUUAUACUCCUGUUGAUGCCAUAUGGUAAGGAAGGAUCCAUGUGGCAAUCCAAGAGGAGUAAUGUAAAAAUUGUGAAAAUUAGUGACAAACAAGCCUGGAAUACACUUUCUUUUUUAAGAACGUUGUGGUGAAUUUUUUUAUUUCUCUUUUGUUUUUUUAUUUUAUUUUUUGUUUUGUUUUUGGUAAUACACUCACUGGUGACUUUAUUAGGAACACUGUACUAACACUGCAUAGACCCCCCUUUGCUCUCAAAACAGUGUCAAUUCUAAAUGGCAUGGAUUGCAUAAGGUAUUGGGAACAUUUCUUUGAGAUUCUGGUCCAUGACAUAAUUGCUGCAACUUUGUGAGCUGCAUAUUCAUGCUGCUAAUCUCCCGUUCUGCCAUCCCAAAGGUGCUCUAUUGGAUUCAGAUCUAGUGACUGAGGAGACCACUGAAGUACAGUGAACUUGUAUUCAUGGUCAUAGAACCAGUUUGAGACAAGUUGUGCUUUGUGAGAUGGCUCAUUAUCAUGGCAUUCAAACGAUACUGGAUUGGUAUUAAGGGGCCCAACGUGUUCCAAGAAAGCAUUCCCCACACCAUUACACCACCACCAGCUGGAUCUGUUGACAAAGAGUCUGGUUGGGUCCAUGGCUUCAUGCUGUUACACUGAAUUUUGAUCUUACCAUCUGCAUCUCACAGCAGAAAUCAAGACUCAUUUACCUCAUGCUUUGAGCCAAAGCAACGUACAGCUAAGAGAGAAUACAACUGCUGUUGAGGGUUAAGGGCCUUGCUCAAUAGCCCAACAGUUGGGGCUUGGUGGUGGUGGGAUUUGAACUCAUGACCUUCCAGUUAGUAGCCCAGUACCUUAAUCACUGAACUAACACUGCCCCUUAGCCACAACCCAUAAUUUUAUAAUCUUCAGUUGUCUAGUUUAAUUGCCCACUGUAGCCUCAGAUUGCUGUCCUGGGCUGAAAGAAGUGGAAUCUGAUGUGGCUGUCUGCUGUCAUAGCCCAUCCUCCUCAAAGUUUGACAAGCUGUGCAUUUUGAGAUACUGUUCUGCUGACCACAGUUGUAAAGAGUUGUUAUCUGAGUUACCGUAGCCUUCCUGUCAGCUCAAACCAGUCUGGCCAUUCUCCUUUGACCUCUCCAAUCAACAAGACAUUUCUGCUCAUAGAACUGAUACUCACUGGAUAUUUUUUGUUUGUUUUUUGUACCAUUUUGUGUAGAGUGAAUGUUGUGUGUGAAAAUCCCAGGAGAUCAGCAGUUUCUGAAAUACUCAAACCAGCCAGUCUGGCACCAACAACCACGUCAUGGUCAAAGACACUGAAAUCACUUUUUUCCCCAUUGUGAUAUUUGAUGUGAACAGUAACUGGUGCUGUUUGUCUGUAUCUGCGUGAUUUUAUGCAGUGCACUGCUGCGUGGAUAAAUGCAUAAAUGAGCAGGUGUACAGGUAUUCCUAAUUACGUGGCCAAGUGAGUGUAUAUUUAUUUAUUUUUUUCUUUUUUAACAUACAAUAUAAUAAACCAUAUAGCUGUUUCCAGAUGAUGAACCACAUGCACACAUAUCACAGGCGCUUAUUGUUCUGACUUCGUCACCGUUGCCGAUUGCUGUUCAAGUUCAUUCGCAGCAGCCUAAAUUUGUUUUGGUGUUAAUUUACAUCUUCUUUUCUACCUGGUGUUAAUAUGGUACGUGCACCUUAGUGACAAAGUAAAUGUGCCCAUGAAUUUCUCAUCAGAUGUCAUGUUGUGCAAAGAUUGGAUUCUUCUUUUCCUUCUCCUGUACAUGUUUUCAUCAAAUUCACACGAACAUUUAAAGUGUACAGCUGAUUGGGUGCUGUUGAAAUGCAAAGGCAGCUGUUUAAUCUGAAAGAUGGCCUGAUGUGGCGCUGACACUGACACUUCACACAGCACUUUUUCAGUUGGCUUUUUGAAAUCUCUGUUUUGUAAUGAUAAAACAUUGUGAGUUAAUAAUAAUGAUAUGUACAUUAGACGAUAUAGUAUAGGGCAGUUAAUCUGCAUAGUGGCGUGUCAACAGUUAUGGCUGUUGUGUAUACAGAUGUGUUAACACAUCAUGGUCAUUUGAAAUCAUUUGAAAAAUGUCUUCAGUCAUACCUCUACCAUUUUUUAAGCAGCCAUUCUGAGUUUUGAUAUAAUCUCUACAUACGGUAGAAUUUCACUGUAUGGUUUAUUAAAGUGAGCCUGAUUGAGUCCAUGAUCAUGUAUGACACAAAACAAUCUUAUUUCACAGCUGUAAAUCUUUACAUUUGCUAGAAGGUUUGUAUUUUAAAACACACCCUCCCGUUCCAUAAAUAUGGACAAACACCUUUACUGGUGCAACUUGUCCUUGCUAUAGGGUCACUUGGAAUCAGUCACUGAUUAAUUCAUUUGUACAAAAGUAUAUAACCCAGUUCCAUCUAUUUGUUGUAAAGUACUUUACAAUCUGUAAAUCUUUUUAUUACUGACUUUUUUUUAUUUAUUGGAAAUUUCAACUUUAAGUCAGAUGUUUCUAAAUACUGCACAUUUCUAACACAAACCCAAAUCCAGUUGUUGAGUUUUCACUGUGACAAUCAUGUGUCUCCUUUCAACUCCAUGUGCUUCCUUUCAUUUAGUAAUCCAGUCUUCCACUUUUCACUCACAUUCUCACAUUUUUCUUUGUUUGGUUGCAGAGUUCAUCAUAGAGAUGUGGCAUUGUGCUAUACAUGUGAAACAUUUGGGAUAUUUGCUGUAUAUUCUUUUCUUUAUCUAAGGUACAAAGACUGUGAUGACAGAAAUACAAGGAUCUAAGCAUCUCUCAGGCAUGUCCGUGAUGUUCUACAUGCACCCAUUACUCUUUGUACUCAUGGUGCACAUUUCUGCCUUGUUUGGACCAAACUUUGCCAUCUUGUAUUACUGAGAAAGGAAAGGGAAAUUAAAGGAAUUGACCAAUCA